AUGGUGAGUGAGAACGAGGAGACACCCCAGCAGGAAGAUGCUGAGCAAGUAGAACCACAUGGGAUGUUAUCAGGAAGAUCCAAAGGGAAUGUUUCCGGGAGUUGUGCACUCCCAGAAAAAGCAAAAGCCUGUGAGACUCAGCAGAGGCCAGAGGAAAACUUCAGUAGCCACUCAGACCUUAUUACACGCGAGAGAAUCAACUUGGAAGAGACACACUACACAUGCCAUGAGUGUGGGAAAAGCUUCAAUGGGAGCUCAGACCUUUUCACACAUCAGAGAAUCCACAGAGGAGAGAGACCCUACAUGUGCUCUGAGUGUGGGAAAAGCUUCAGUCGGAGCUCUGCCCUUAUCACACAUUGGAGAACCCACACUGGAGAGAAACCCUACACGUGCUCUGAGUGUGGGAAAAGCUUCAAUCGAAGCUCUGCCCUUAUCACACAUAGGAGAAUCCACACGGGAGAGAAGCCCUACACAUGCUCUGAGUGUGGGAAAAGCUUUAGUCGGCACUCACACCUUAUCACACAUCGUAGAAUCCACACAGGAGAGACGCCCUACACAUGCUCUGAGUGUGGGAAAAGCUUUAAUCAGCACUCACACCUUAUCACACAUCUUAGAAUCCACACACGAGAGAGAGCCUACACAUGCUCUGAGUGCAGGAAAAGCUUCAAUCGAAGCUCUGCCCUUAUCACACAUUGGAGAAUCCACACGGGUGAGAAACCUUAUGGAUGCUCUGAGUGUGGGAAACGCUUCAAUCGGAGCUCACACCUUAUCACACAUCAAACCAUCCACACGGGUGAGAAACCUUAUGGAUGCUCUGAGUGUGGGAAACGUUUCAUUGAUAGUUCAACCCUCAUCUCACAUCAGCGAAUCCACACAGGAGAGAUGCCCUACACAUGCUCUGAAUGUGGGAAAAGCUUUAAUCAGAGCUCUGCCCUUAUCACACAUAGGAGAAUCCACACAGGUGAGAAACCUUAUGGAUGCUCUGAGUGUGGGAAACGCUUCAAUCGGAGCUCACACCUUAUCACACAUAGAAGAAUCCACACGGGGGAGAAACCUUAUGAAUGCUCUGAGUGUGGGAAAUGCUUCACUGAUAGUUCAGCCCUCAUCUCACAUCAGCGAAUCCACACAGGAGAGACACCCUACACAUGCUCUGAGUGUGGGAAAGCUUUUAGUCGGCACUCACACCUUAUCAGACAUCGUAGAAUCCACACAAGAGAGAAACCCUACAUGUGCUCUGAGUGCGGGAAAUGCUUCAAUCGGCGCUCACAGCUUAUCACACAUCAGAGAAUCCACACAGGAGAGAUGCCCUACACAUGCUCUGAAUGUGGGAAAAGCUUUAAUCAAAGCGGAAAUCUUACAUCACAUCGAAGAAUCCACACAGGAGAGACACCGUACACAUGCUCUGAGUGUGGCAGACACUUCAAUCAGAGCUCAAACCUUAUUAGACAUCAGAAAAUCCACAUGAGAGAGAACGGACCCCACCCCGGCACCGCUCCCGUAGCCCUGGGCAUUGAUUGCCGUCGCUUCGCCGUCGUGGAGCAGCUGCUAUCGACGUUACCGUUCCUCCACGUUGGGGUUGUGGUCUCGUGGUCAGCACUGCUCCCAGCGUCGCCCUCCUCCCAGUCCAGGGACAGUGGCAGGUCCUAUGUCAGCCCAGCCUCCCUCCGUAGUCGUCCAUCGAUGGGUCAGGCCAGCCAAGCCGAACAGCCUGCUCCGCCGGUGCCACAGCAGGUGCAGUGGCACUGGGCCUCCUGGCUGGCACAGUGGUACCAGUGGGCACCAUGGCCCCCGACGCAGCCCCUGGUGGGGGCUCGCUCGGUGGAGGGAGCUUCUGAAUGGCUGUCGGCCUCCCUCUCUUGGCCUCAGAGGAAGGAGUCGGAGGACUCUAAAGCCCACCAGGAACUAUUGAAAAGGAUGGCAUCAAACCUCAACCUUCAGGCAGAGGAGGUGGAGGAGCCCUCAGACUCCCUCUUUAACGUCCUGUCUGCCUUGGCUGGAGCGCAGCCCUGGAGCCUACAGCAGCUGGUCUCGGAGGAGCGGGACCUGGUGAUCGAAGUUUCCGGCCGGUGGAUCCGAGCCCACAAGUCGGUGCUGGCGGCCAAGUCCACGGACAUCCUGCGGGUGAAGGGGUGA